AUGGACUUAGAGGACAUUUAUCAAAAUGUGGAAAAUAAAGAUAUUAAGGACACAACUGGAGCUCGAACACAGAAUCACAGCCAGGAUGAAGGGAAAGAUGGAAAGUGCAGAGGAAGCAGGUGUUUGGUGUUGAUGACAGUGUGUCUCGGGCUCAUGUGUGUUCUUCUGCUGGUCUUCAUCACACUGUACAUCACCAUCACAGCAGAGAGAGGCCUGUUAAAGAGUUACAAGAACACAGUUGAAGAGUUCAAUCACACUAUCAACAGCUUACAGGACAAUUACACUGAUCUAAUGACUGAAAAAGACCAACUGAAGAACAACUUCAGCUCUUUGAGUCAGAAGAAACUGGAGUUAGAGACCAGAGUCACGUCUUUGAGAGAGGAACUGACGAGAGAAGUGUCUAAACGAGGUUUUUUCUUCAUAUCCAGUGAGUCGAUGAGCUGGUCUGAGAGCAGGCAGUUCUGCAGAGAUCGAGGAGCUGAUCUGGUCAUUAUCAACACUGAAGAGAAGCAGAGGCACAUAUCUUCAUUUGUAAAGGAGAGUGUGUGGAUUGGAUUGUCUGAUAUUGAGAUUGAGGGCAACAUGAAAUGGGUGGAUAAUUCACCACUGAAUCAAGGGUUUUGGUCCAGCGGUGAGCCGAAUAGCUUUCAUGGCACAAAUGAGGACUGUGUUGAACUGAAUCCUGCAAGAGACCCUUUAAAGAACUGGAAUGAUCUCUCAUGUUCAGAUACGAAGAAAUGGGUUUGUGAGAUUUGA